UAAGGGGGCAGCAGAAAAAGACUCCCUGAGAUUUGCAGAGAAACAAUUAGUGCCAAAACUUCUAAAUUCCAAAGACAUUACAUCGCUUUCAAAGCUGCUUUCUAUUGACGAAAGUAAAUUUCAGAAUUGUGUUUUGAGAUCUCUUCAAAAAUUAUUAAUGGAGACAGAUCUUAAUGAAUCUUCUGUGGAAGUCAUUCAGGUCUGUCUUAAAAGCGUUGCACAACUUUUACAAAAUUCCCAAGAGGAAGAUUCUCUCCAAACGAUUGUUAUGACAGUUCCAACUGUGCUUCGAAGUUGUGCGAUAGCUGUAAUGCUCCAAUGCUGCUACAGAAAGGUAAAGAAAACGGUGUUUAACAACAUUAGUAAGAGUUGUGAAUCAAUAGAAAAAGUAUGGAAAACUGCGAUUUCUAGAAAAGGGAUAAAAAAGGAGGAACAUUCAGAUUACCAGUCGAUUCAGGGAGGUUUGGCUUUGGCUGCAACCAUGGGGAGGUUUAAGUAUGGGACACAUUUAAAAGAUGUGUUUCAAAGUUUGGACGAUUCUUUUACAUCCUCGGAGCAUGAUAUGUCUCUCGGGAAGAUAGGAAGUAGUGGGACUGUUGCCGAGCAAUAUGUUGUUAUUCUUGGAAUCUUAACAAAGAUGACAGGCAAUCCACGACAAAUGUGUGAGAGGUUCAUUAGUUUUUUGCAUCCAAUACUUCAUCAAAAAAUCAGUGAAAAGAGAAGGACAGAUCCUGAAUUCAAGCAACUUGGAAGUCUUAUUAUUUGUGGCAUAGCAUUUAUAGCACGAAAAUUUUCUCAGGUAGAAACGAAGAGUUUUCACAAUAUCAUUGAUGUUUUUGCACGUGACCAACAACUUAUCCCCGAAGAAAUGUCUGACCUUCUGUUGUCCGUAAACGCUAAAGUAGCACAACCAUUUAUCUCUAGCUUGAAUCUCUCCGAGGGAACGAUGAUUCAGCUAGCCGAGUCCUAUAUUGCAAGAGCAAUUCCAGGGUUAGUCGUUCAUAACCAAGAUCGAAAAAAUCUUCCAAAACUGUCAGAUCAAUCUCAUUGGAUGGUAUCCGGAGGUCGCUUGUUUAAAAACUUUGUGCGUAUUGCAAUAAAAGUACCAGGAAUAUCGGGUAUUCAAAUUCAGAAUUGUAAGAAUUCGAUCGAAAGUAACCAAUUAGUGAAUGAAUUUGAUGUAUUGAGGAAAAUACACGGAGGCAAAACUGCGAAUAUUGUGAAAUUGUGGGCCUUCAACCCUCAUCCAAGUCCAUUGCCGUUUUACGUCAUUGAAAGUUUUCAGAAAUCAUUUCUUGAUGAACUUCUGCAUGCAAGAAAUCAUCAAAAUUCCCUCUCAGAGAAUUGGAUGAACGACCGACUUUUGGAUAUUGGAGGUGCCAUCAAUUUUCUUCAUCAGAAGAAAAUAAUACACAGGGAUAUUACCAUUAACUCUUUUGCAAUAAGGGAAUACCCAUCUCAUGGACACGAAAGAGCUGUCCUCUGUAAUCUUCAGAUGGCCUGCUCUAACGACGACGAAGCAUCAGCCAAAACGGGACAUAUAGCGGAUAUUCACGGAGAGAACAUUCCCACUAGAUGGUCAGCCCCAGAAUCACUUUGGGAAGAUAAAUACGAUGUUUUUACUGAUAUUUGGAUGAUUGGUCACUUGAUCCACUCACUGUUCACUUACGGUUGUGAGCCAUAUACAGAGUUGUACAGUGAGACAACAGAUGACAUUAUGGCGAAAGUCGUCUCCUGUGGACUGAAACCUUAUAAAUGGCCAUGUGUUCCUCUUCCUUACCACAAACUUGCCUCCGACUGCCUGCACUUUGACAGAGGAAAAAGAAUAAAUUUUGAUAUAAUGCGUCAAAGGUUAAAAGAAAUAAGAAAAGAACAAGGACAUUCACGAAAGUCUUAUUAUGAGCAUGAGUUGCCCAAGAUUUCAGAUCGGCAAAUUGAAAGAAAACAUAAACCGGAGCAGGGUAUUCCACAGAUGGUGAAGAUAAUGAAAGAAUUGACGGAAAAUGGAGAUAAGAGACAAAGCUACUUUGAAAUAAAAAGGUGGGUUCCAAAAAGUCCUAAUCCCGACUACGCACCUCUUGUCAUGACUUUGAGUAAGGAUGACCUUCUCUCUCCAGAUGAACCAAAACUUAGCAUAAAGAGACUUGAACUUGAAGUAGAGGAAAAAGUAACUGUCGACUUUCAUGACAAAGUAUUCCCCAAAAUGAGCCCAGAUUUUGGAGAGAAAAUGUGCAUAAAAUGGCCACCAGUGAAGCAUUCUUUUACCACUCAGGAAGUAAAAGUAAUAUUGAAAUGCAGGUUCCCAGCAGCUAAGAACAUCAUAGAUUUAGUUCCAUUAUACGUCAACAACGCACAGGGAGAGGAAAAUUAUCGCCUCCGUAUUGUACAUCAAGUUGCGUGUCUGGUGAAAAGGAUGCACGAAAAACGCUGGCUAUUGGUCGAUAUAACUGGAAAGAGCAUUUAUAUCCAGGAGGAAAACGAUUAUAAGGCUUGUCAAAUACGAAUAGGACGGAUGUUGAGACUACCAUCUGGAGAAGAUAGCAUAAAGUGUGCUAGAAAACUAGAAGAUAUUAUAUACUGGCUUCCAAAGGAGGUGAUUGGACACGGUGAAAUUUCUACAGGAAGUGACGUUUAUACAAUGGCCAUGCUGUUUUACGAGUUUUACAUGGCGGUCUCUGGAAAUGAUCAGCUACAAUCUGUACCCUUUUCCUACAAACACAGAUCUCAAAUAUUAAGUCAUUUAAAUGACGGUCAUGUUCCUGAUCGUCCACCUGCCUGUCCGGAAUGGUUGUACGAGGAAGUGAUGAAGCCAUGCUGGGACCAGGACAGAACCAGUCGACCGGCAGCCGCAGAUAUAGAGAGCAUCAUAGCAAGAAAGAUUUCAGAAAUCUAUGAAAUAAAGAAAGACACAGAGGUCGAUACGUAUGACAGUUUUGAAAGCAUGGCCCAGAAAUUAGCUUACCAAGACGCGAUCUCAGAAAAUACUAUGGAAAAGGACAAUAGAGCCAGUGAGGGUGAAAGUGACGAAGAUUACGUUUAUGUACAGACACACCAAUCUACAGAUUUAUGUAGUGGGGAAACCUCAUCAGAGAACAAUGUAAACACCUAUUAUAAUGAUAAAAAAAUCUCCAGAAGAAAAUUGUCUCUAGAUGCCAAUGCAUUAAAUGGAACCCAACUUUCAUCAGGAAAAGAUUCUUUAAAAUUAAAGCAAAAGUGGGGAACUCAGAAACCCCCAGAAAGAGAUAAUUUUGAGUGUGCUCAUACACGCAUUGGUCAGUCUUCUGGGAAUUUAGAAGACGUUCCAAAUUAUGAACUGUUUUCUCAAUCAGGAGAGUUUGAUGCCGGAACCGAAGAAAAAUACACUUAUAGCAAAACCCCAAAUUACGAAAAUGCAACCAUCCUUUCCUCGACAAUGAAUAUAAUGAACCCACAACCAUUCCGAAGUGAUUUGACACCUAAUAUGGAUUUACCAGUUCCCCAUGUACACAAAGAAAACCCAAUAUUCCAAACAGAUUCCUCUAUCCAUCCAUGUGCAAAUGACAAUCCCUUUGGUGAAGUAGACUGUGAGUCACAAAUUUCAGCAGCAGCAAGCACCUAUACACAAGAGGAAAACAACGUUUAUGCGAAUCAAUGAUACAAAGCUGAUGAACUUUAUUACCAAAAACCUUAAUGUCCAUAAAUACUGAGUAUUUGAGUGCUUCUAGGUGAGAAGUGCUUUACACAUUGUUUUGAUUCCAUAUAUUAAUAUGGUUUUUGAAAUUGUCGC